AAUCUGGAUCCUGAAUCGGGUCUAAUUUAGAAGUCACAAAUUUCAUCGCUUCAGAAUUCGCAUACUACAUCACUAUCAGAGUCACAGACACAGAGAGAAUGGGGAGGAAAAAGGGAGUUGUGUUCGAUGAGGGAGCUCCAGAUGACUUCGACCCGGAGAACCCGUAUAAGGACCCGGUUGCCAUGCUGGAGAUGAGGGAGCACUUGGUGCGUGAGAAGUGGAUCGACAUCGAGAAGGCGAAGAUCCUCCGCGAGAAGGUGCGGUGGUGCUACCGCAUCGAGGGCGUCAACCACCUCCAGAAGUGCCGUCACCUCGUCCACCAGUACCUCGACGCUACUCGCGGGGUUGGCUGGGGCAAGGACCACCGCCCUCCGUCUCUCCAUGGUCCUAAGGUUGAAGCUGUAGAGUCCGAAUGAAAUUGGCUCUUUUCUCAAUCGUGUUUAGGUGAUUGAGUUGUUUGAUUUAUUUGAAGUAUAAAGUGGAGAAGUUAGAGACCUGCCUACCAUCAGCUUAACUUGUGUUGUUACUACUGUCUUUCUCCCUUGAGACCUUUUUGUAUUAAACAUAUAACUACAGAUGCCAAUGGUUUAACAUUGGUUUUCAUCUUCCAUUGUGUUGCUUCUCUUUGCAAUUGAGAAAUGUGGAUUAAAACUGGAAAUGCAAAUAAAGGAAAACUCCUUUCUUUUCCUUGC